AUGUCAUCUUCAAAUUUCGUCUCAACCGGCCAAGCGCGCUACCUGCGAGCCUGCAUGGUCUGUUCCAUCGUUAUGACCUUUGCCCGCUUCCGUGACGAAGGCUGCCCCAACUGCGAAGAGUUCCUGCACCUCCAGCACUCCCAGGACCAGAUCGAAAGCUGUACAUCCCAGGUCUUCGAGGGCGUGAUCACGCUCGCAAACCCUACCAAAUCGUGGAUCGCAAAGUACCAGCGUCUCGACAGCUACGUUCCCGGCAUGUACGCCAUCAAAGUAUCAGGACAGCUGCCCGACGAGAUCCGAUCGACGCUGGAGGAUGAGUAUAGAAUACAGUACAUUCCGCGCGACGGCACAGAGGCCGACAACGAUGCUUAG